AUGUCUCUAACAAACUGUCGCUUCUAUGAGGAGAAGUAUCCGGAGAUUGAUAGCUUCGUCAUGGUCAACGUGAAGCAGAUCGCCGAGAUGGGUGCCUACGUCAAGCUUCUCGAGUACGACAACAUCGACGGCAUGAUUCUCCUCUCCGAACUUUCCCGAAGACGUAUUCGAUCCAUCCAGAAGCUCAUUAGGGUCGGGCGCAACGAGGUCGUCGUCGUGCUUCGUGUCGACAAGGAGAAGGGAUACAUUGAUCUCUCAAAACGACGAGUGUCUCCCGAGGACAUGGUCAAGUGCGAGGAGCGAUACAACAAGAGCAAGACUGUGCACCUGAUCAUGCGACACGUUGCCGAGAAGACGCAGGUGCCGAUUGAAACCCUCUACGAGACGAUUGCUUGGCCUUUGAACCGAAAAUUCGGCCACGCCAUCGAUGCCUUCAAGCUUUCCAUCACAAACCCCGAGGUCUGGAACGACAUUACGUUUCACAGCCAGGCUGUAUCCGACGAGCUGAAGCUCUACAUCAGCAAGCGCCUCACUCCACAGAAGACCAAGAUCCGAGCGGACAUUGAAGUCACCUGCUUCGGAUACGAGGGCAUCGAUGCCGUCAAGGCCGCCCUGCGCACCGCCGAGGCGGGCAACGCCGCCAUUGCCGAGAGCGACAACUCGGGCACGGAGGUCAAGGUCAAGCUCGUGUCGCCGCCUCUGUACGUGCUCACCAGCACCUGUCUCGACAAGAGCCUGGGCAUCUCCCGGCUGCAGGAGGCCAUCGCGGACAUCCGGAAGAGCAUCGAGGGGGCGGGCGGAAACCUGAUUGUCAAGAUGGAGCCCAAGGCCGUGACGGAGAGCGACGACGCCGAGCUGCAGGCGCUCAUGGAGAAGCGAGAGCGCGAGAAUGCCGAGGUGAGCGGCGACGAGAGCAUGAGCGACAGCGACGACAACAUUCCCGAGACCAUCUAA